UUAUUGAAUCAAUUAUUGCAUAAGCAUUGAUGUUAUUGAACACCAUCUUUGCAUCUUCUAUCACACUUGUUCAUUUUCUCUCUAAAAAAAUCCCUGCAACCAAAAAUGGAUGUUGGAACAAUCAUGGCUGUUGCUCAAACUUUGGUUACAGCGCUGCAGUAUACUCAUCAGCUCAAUGACAUCUGCUCCAUCAUUGGCUACAAAUCCAAACUUCAGAGGCUUAGUGGUACCGUCGCUAAAAUCGAGUCUGUGCUCGAAGAUGCUGAGGCCAAGCAAGGGUUGCCUAAGCAAGAACAACUAUAUAUUCAAGAUCUCAAAGAUGCAGUUUACGACGCCGAUGAUCUCUUUGAUGAGUUUGUCACACUUGCUGAGCAGAAUAAGCGCACUAAGGGCAACAACAAGUUUCGUGUCCUUUCUCUUUUUACCAAGCUUGGUACUGCUUACAAUAUGACUCAAGGGGUUAAAAAGAUUGAAGAAAAGUUGAAUGCUAUUGUUUUUAAUAAUCAAUUCAACUUGAAAAUUGAUCCUAAUCCUAUUAAGAAUCGAAGGCUCGAGACAAGUUCUUAUGUGGAUGAAGCUGAUAUCAUUGGCCGAGAGCUUGAUUUGGAGAAAAUUGUUAAUGUAUUGCUCAAUACUAAUGUCCAAGUAAACAUUUCUUUCCUUUCUAUUGUGGGGAUUGCUGGGUUGGGAAAAACUGCUCUUGCCCAACUCGUGUAUAAUGAUGCAAGGGUCAUAGCCACGUUUUCUCCGAGAUUGUGGACUUGUGUCGCGGAUGAAAAUCAGGAGUUGCUAGACGUACAAGGGGUUCUUAGUAAAAUUCUAGCUUCAGCUACAGAUCAUAAGAACCAUAAGAAAUACGAGGGUUGUACCAUGGAUGGGUUGCAAAGCCAACUUCAAGCAAAACUUGCUGGAAAAAAAUUCUUGCUUGUUUUGGAUGAUGUAUGGACUGAAAAUUAUGAGCGAUGGCAUACAUUGACACAAUCUUUUAUGGAAGCUGGUGAGAAAGGAAGCUGUAUUGUGGUAACUACAUGUUCACGGGAGACCGCAAGAAUUAUUGGAGGCAGUCUAACACAUGAGCUGCUAGGCCUGUCAAAGGAAGAUUCAUGGUGUUUGUUCAAAAAGGCAGCAUUUAGCCCAAAUCAUUCAAACCUUCCUAGAGACUUGGUCAAAAUUGGCCAAGAUAUUGUUGAGGAAUGUGCUAAUGUUCCCCUUGCAAUUAGAGUGUUGGGAAGUCUUCUGUUUGGCCAAGAACAAAAUAAGUGGCAUUCAAUUCAGAAGCUGGGAUUAGCAAAAGUUAAUGGAAAAGAAAACAGCAUCAUGCCUACAUUGAAGUUGAGUUACUAUCAACUUGAACCCCCAUUGAAGAGUUGUUUCAGCUAUUGUGCAAUGUUCCCUAAAGAUUUCGAGAUGGAGAAGGAUACAUUGAUUAGGCUUUGGAUGGCACAAGGCUACAUCCCGUUAAAUGAUUCUCAAAGCCCGGAAGAUCUUGCGGAGGAGUAUUUCUCGAUUUUAUUGCGAAGGUGUUUCUUCCAAGACAUUAAGAAAGAUGAAAAUUGUAAUGUUAUGUCAUGUAAAAUACAUGAUUUGAUGCAUGAUGUUGCUCAUGAAGUUGUGGGAAAGGAAAUCUGUAGAGUCGAAACCAUGAAUGGGGAUGUGGACAAAAAAGUUCGCCAUCUCUCUCUUAUACAAAGCAAAUCCACAAAUUAUGUUUCUAGUAAGAGCCAUGUGCGUUCUUAUCUUCAAUUCGGAGAGUCGUGUAGAGAUGUCAAGAAAAUGGAUCAGCUUUGUUUGGAAUCAUUACUUGCUAAUUGGAAGUUUUUAAGGGCAUUAUGCUUGAGUAGUUCAGAUAUUAAGAGUUUGCCGGCCUCAAUUGGUGAUCUUAUACAUUUGAGAUAUUUAGACCUGUCAUACAAUGUUGAUCUAGAAGUUCUUCAUGGGUCCGUCACAAAACUAUGUAAUCUUCAGACUUUAAUCUUAAAAUGGUGUACAAAAUUAAAAGAGUUGCCGAAAGAUUUGAGCAAGCUGGUUAAGCUAAGGGUCUUAGAUUUACAAAAUUGUUAUGAGCUGAAUCAUAUGCCAAAGGGUAUGGGUGAUUUGACUUGCCUUCACACUCUUAAUUGGUUUGUGUUGGGGAAACCGAAUUCAUGUAAAAACAAAUUGUUUGAUGUACUGGAAGAUCUAAAAGCGCUAAAGAAUCUAAAAGGUUAUCUUGAAAUCGGCAUCCAUUUCAUGAAGACCGCUGCAACAGCUUGUAAGAUAAAUGGUGAAGAGGAGGGAGGGUGCUUGGGAAACAAGGAACAUCUGAACCAUGUGUUCUUUGAUUUCAGUUAUGGUGAGGAAAAGGAAAGGAAGGAGUAUGAUGAAGCAGUGAUGGAAGUGUUGCAGCCACUUAAUUCUAGUCUCAAGAGGAUAACAGUGAAAUCAUAUCAUGGUGUGAGAAUGCCACACUGGCCAGGGGAAGAUAACUUGGCAACUUUUCUCCUUAAUCUUGUUGAAAUAAGAUUUAUUCGUUGUCGGAAUCUGCAGCAUUUGGGACAAUUACAACUUCCUUGGUUGAAAAUAGUAUAUGUGCAUAAUUGCCCAAACCUAACAGCUAUUCUAGAGUGUCCAGCAUUAGAGUACCUAGAUUUAGUCAACUUCAAUGAGAGAUUAGUAAUAAUACCAAUAUCAGGGGCAUCGACUUCUUCAACUGAUGACCUUGGUCCCAAACUAAGGGAAAUUAGAACAGACAAUGUGGCGUGGCUUAAUUCACUGCCCAUGGACUCUUAUCGGGGUGUUGCAAAGCUGAACAUAGGGUGGGACAGGAAGGUGGAGAGUUUAGGUGAAGUUAGGGAGGUGUUCCACAGUUGCUCGUCUUCUCUACAAUCCUUGAGUAUUGGAUAUUGCGACAACUUAAAAAGUAUUGUGUGUGGAGGAUUAGAGCAACUCUGUGCCUUGGAGGAUUUAGAAAUUAGACGUUGCCCUGAUCUGAGUCAAUCAGAAGAAAUAAUGAGAGUGCAUUCCUUUUGUCAAUCCCUCUGCUCCUUGAUAUCGUUUGAUCUCCCUCUGGUAGAAUUGCCCGAUUGGAUACAGUACUUGAAGGCCAUACAAACCCUUGAAAUUUUCAAUUGUAAAAGUCUGAAAUGUAUGCCAAGUUGGAUGUCUAAACUCACCUCGCUUAGAGCACUUCAGCUCACAUGGUAUUCAUCAAGCCUCAAAGAAAGAUGCCAACGUUCAACUGGAGAGGAUUGGCCCCAUAUUAAACACAUCCCUUACUUUGUUUCACUCUAAAAUAUGUACAUUGUGAUAAGUCUGCAAUGGAGGGAGAUGGAUCGAUCUAGGGAGUUUUGUACUUCUGCCAAAUUUAAGGAAGUGUUCCCUAGGCACUCAUUACCAAAUGUCCCAGACUAGAGCAUUUUUGAAGUAUAGAGCAUCAUCUGUCUAGGAAUCUUGGGCUAAUAUAUGACUCAAUCAAGGAGCCUAACUCGCGUUUUUGGCCUAUAUGUUUCUUCAAGACUGACUGAGUUGCUGCUAACUCCUACCAGAAAAUAGUAAUGUUUUAUAUUUGCAUGACAUUACUUUUCAAAUUUUCUUGCAUUUUUUUGUCCCUUUUCCAAGUAGUAUAAGCUGAGGUUGCUGCUGUUACCAUGCUUUCAACUUGUCUUCGGGGUUUUGACAGUAGAAGUUUUAGUACUUUAACAUUGGCAACAUGACUAUUAUAUCUUGGGGUUUUGAGAGUAUAACUUGUCUCUGUAUUAUUCCAGAUAAAUUUGGUGUUAGAAGGAGCUUCACGGAGAGCCAUGUCUCGCCUCGUUGCAGCAUUGAAGUGAGAAUAUGCUCCGUAUAUGUUAGUAUUAAUUUACUACAUGGCACUAUGGCAGCUAAGUUAAUUAUAUGUUCUUUUGCUUGAGUUGAAAAUUAAUUCUUGCAUCAUUGUGAAAUUUCUUCUGGCAAAGUUCCUUAAAACAAAGUUUCUCUCCCACCAGAUACUUGUGAUACAUUUUUGUAUUACACUUACUAUUUUAAACAUCCUUGCUUAUGAGUAGAUGGAGCUUUAUGUCAGCUAAAGUAUUUCUCAUGCACCCUGACAUAACAAUGAAAAUGAUGCGGUGCUAAUGUAUUUGCUGCGCUAUGCUUAAUAAUAAUGAUAAUUUCUUUGAAGGUUGAAGCUUGGACCGGGGCUAACACAACUGUAUAGUUGUUUUUUGAUAAUUUCUUAUGACCCAAAGGUCUUGAAGUUUACCGCUUGUGUGUAUGCUAGUAUGGUAGUUUUUGUAUUGCUAGGCCUUAAAUCUCUUUUUUGCUCAUCAAAAAUAAAAGUUGAUCCACUUUUUUUUUGUUUUUUUUUUUAAAAUUAUCUUCUCACCUUACAUUUUUAGCAAGCCCCAAUUUCUCAAUUGAGAUACUAGGUUUGUUUUUCAAACGGCGUUUUCACAAUUAUUUAGACAUUGUAGCGGGCCUCAUUGGCUCAUUGCUAGUUAUGUGAGAAAUUAACAUGUGAUGAGAUGACAUAAAUUUUUUCCUUUGUUACCUCCAUCAUCUUCAUCCUUCCAUCUUCCUUUCUUAAUACGUUCUCAUCAACAUCCCCAAGACCCCACUAACAAACAAACACCAUCCAAUACAUCACCAACACGGCAGCAAAUCCCAACCCCAACACACCGAUUCCAGCGACUUCAUUGCCGAAUUUAACGAAAAAUCCUAAGAAAAAUAUGUAAAUUAAGGGCAUGAAUAGCCCUAUAUAAUGGUAAUUGUAUUUGUCAUUAUUUGUGAGCGAUUUCUUCAUUGUUGUAGAAAAUUUCAACCUCCAUUAGUGAAGGAUUCUCAAACUUCAUUGUUGAGGAGAGAUCGUAUGUUAUUUAUGGGUUAAUGUUGUUAAGCUUCCGUUACACCAAAAAGACAAAAGUACCCUAUUGAGAAACUUGUAAGUUUCUCAUGUUGUAUUUUCUCUCUUUUUUUUUUACCCACUACCCAAUCAACUGCCGAUUAACGAUGAUAAAAUAAUGCCUCACUACCCAUUAUUAUUAUUGGGUGUUGUUAUUUGUCGCUCCCAUUUUACCGGGUAACGCUCCCUUUUUUUCUUGAAAUUCCAAUUUUACCCCUAAUAUAUAAAUACAGUUUUUUCCUUCCCGACCAACAUUUCUCACUUCUUUACUUCUCUCUCUAACUCUCUUACUCUCAAACUCUCUAAAACAUUUUUUUUU